AUGCGCGAGGAUAUGGGCCCACGACCGAAGCUUCCCUUCAACGACUCCAAAUGCCAGCCAUUCUUCCGCACUUUGACUGACGCCAUGCGAGUGAAAGGAGGCACCGGAGGGGGCGCGAAGAGUUCCGUGCCCCCGCUCCCGACCCCAUACAUGAAGUGGGAGAGGGAGCGAUGCGCGAAGAUCGCCGAGGAUAAGCUGAAGAAGGUCAAGGCGAGCGUGGACAACAAGCCUCCGCCCAGGUUCAAGCACAUGGUCGUGAACGCGAAGAAGGCUCAACUGGAGGAGGACCGGCUCGUGGAGAUUGAGCACCAGAACAGGAAGCUCCUGCAGAACCUGUCGAAGAUCAGCGAGCGCAAGGGCGUGGAGGGCGUGGAGGAGCGAUCGCCGAAGAAACCCCUGCGUCGCGGGGAGGCACCCGGCGCGCGGGGCAAGAGCCUCAACCUGUUGAACCGUCAGCGCGAGCUGGACCGAAUCGAGCGCGAAAACGCAGCCAUCUUACGGCGCAUCCAGGAGCAAAACAACAAGGACAGCGAGUUCUCCGUCGCGAAGAUGGAGCGCGAGUGGAAGGAGGUGCAGGAACACAGGAAGAUGUGCCGCCAGUGGAUCGGAUGA